AUUGUAUAUAAGCCAGAGCGUUUGCAGAACUCAAUCAGUCAAGCACAAACCUUCUCAGGCAAACAAGCAUCCUGCUGCCUCUCAGGACCACAGCCAAGAAAGACUUAAUUCGCCUCGCCAUGAACACCAAGGUUGUUGUUGCACUUCUGGCUUUUUUCUUGGCCUGUGCCACUCUGACCGAAGCUCUCCCAAUGGCCCGGAUGGGGAGUGAAUUGCGGUGCCAGUGCAUAUCCACCCAUUCCAGGUUCAUCCCUCCCAGAAACAUCCAGGAUGUCAAACUGACUCAAAGUGGGCCCCACUGCACAAAUGUCGAAGUCAUUGCAACUCUCAAGGACGGCAGAGAGGUCUGCUUGGAACCGACGGCAAACUGGGUGAAGGUGAUCAUCAAAGCCAUCUUGGACAAGGCUCAAGGCAAUGUUUAAUCACCACUACAAGGAAAUCCAUCGAGAGUUUCUCCCGCCUGUCUUCACUGAAAGAAACUGAGCCAUUUCAAUCAAGCCUACUUGUUUUAAAACGAGACUUUUGUAACUAAGAAGAUAUAUAGAUAUAUAGACUGCCUUAUUUAUAUAUUUAUUUCAUAAGUGCGUUGAUAAAAAAACCUUUAGAAGGAUAUUUAACGUAAGGUUGAAAAUAGGAAAGAGGAAAGAUGAAGUGGAAAAUGAAGGUUUGGAAAUCAGUGAACACAGCUGAAAAGAAGUUGGUAUAUCUGUGCUUACACCAGGUUGACUGUUAUUGCAGCAAAGCAAAUUAGCAAUGGACUGUGUUCCUCUGGAUCAUUUGCAAGCAAGUAAUGUAACCGCAUUGAAAGUAUUGUGAAUCAGAGCGAGCCGCAAGGCUACCUAUUGUGAGUCAGCAGCAGUUAGUGUGUCAGUCUCAGGUUCAAAUCCCUAUUCAGCCAUGAACUCACUUAAUUAUUUGGGCUAAUCACCAUCUCUUAGUCUAACCUACCUCAUAAAGUUGUGAGACUGAAAGGGAGAGAAUUAUGUAUAAUGUGUCAGGCACUGCAGGAAAGGUGAAAAUCAUUUCUAUUUCUGGUGUGAGCAUUUCUAUUCUUAUUAUUUAUUCAACAUGGCCAAAAUCUGAAUAUUAUUUAUUGUGCAAGGCCUUCUUUUGUGACAUAGUUAUAAAAUGAUUAUAUUUCGGUGGGGGUAGUAUUUAUUUUAACCAUUUGUUAAAAAAAAAAGGAGCGGAGAGUUCCAUAAUGUAAGAAAGUGCUGUAUGCUGAAAUGACAUUUGGAGGUGUCUCUAUGUAUUUCAGAUAACACGUGCCUUUAUUUAUGUUAUUUAUUGAGCAAUAAUGUCCAACAUUCUCAAAAUAUUUUUGUACACAUUUUGUAAACUAAUUAAAUUAUUUCAGUGCUCAAAUAAAUUAUUUCAACAUUGAA